AUGCUGAGGGCGGCGACGUCGUGUGCACGCGCCGCCAUCUCGGGCGUCGGGAAUGUCCCCAGCCAGAUUCGCGACUUCUUGCGAGGCUCCCGGAUUUCGGAGACCCAUUUGCCCCAACUCCGCAUCCGGACGCCCCGGUACACUGGGUGCUUCGUGGAGGAGUUGUGGCCGGAACCCCGGCUCCUCUUCAUCUUCUUCGCCGUCUCCGGCGGCGGUUCCUCCGCGGAAGAUGAGAACAAAGAGAUAAUAAAUAAUGGUAUAAAUGGACCCAUGGCCGUGGAGGGAUCGGACGUCAGUGGUUGGGUCUCACAAGACUCCUUAUGUAAUCAUGAGUCCCUUCCACCUCUGUCUCUCAUCCGACACUAUCUUGUCCAGGAUCUUAGAACCCCUAGAAUCCUCCAUGCUUCCAAUUCUCCAAAACGUGAGGAAUCAAACUCCUCCUUUCAUAAAGGAUCGCCACGUCAUCCACCGCGCUCAAGCGUAGCAUCAUCGGUCAUCAUGUCGAGCUCAUCUUCUCUGCUCGGCCCAAUUAGCAGGUAA